CAUGCAAACUCCACACAGGCGGGGACGGGGAUUGAACCCCGCACCUCAGAACUGUGAAGCUGACGCUCUAACCAGUCGGCCACCGUGCCGCUCCAAUGAAACCAUUAAUUCCAAAAGGUCUGCACAUGGGGGCGGGCAAGAGCAAGCCCAAGGAACCGGGCCAGCGCUCCAUGAGCGUGGACGGCACCAUCGGCACGGGCUCUGACAGCGGGCACUUCCACCACCUGGGCCCCGCUCAGCAGACCCAAACCCCUAAUAGGAGCCCAGCGGUGGGCACAGGCCGUCGGGGCUACCAUGGGUACCAGCACGCCCCCACCAACACUCCUGAGCUGGCUCUCUUCGGAGGAGUGGACCACACGGGCACCGUCACCUCGCCUCAGAGAGGACCUUUGUCAGGAGGUGUCACUACGUUUGUGGCCCUGUAUGACUAUGAUUCACGGACCGCAUCCGAUCUGACCUUUCGGAAAGGCGACAGGCUGCAGAUUGUCAACAACACGAAAAAGUACAGCUUCAGAGAAGGGGACUGGUGGCUGGCUCGCUCCCUGACGACCGGAGAGAGUGGUUACAUCCCCAGCAACUACGUGGCGCCGUCGGACUCCAUCCAAGCCGAAGAGUGGUAUUUUGGGAAGAUCACUCGGCGAGACUCGGAAAGGAUCCUUUUGAAUUUACAGAACAGACGAGGAACUUUUCUGGUGAGGGAGAGCGAGACGACGAAAGGAGCUUACUGCCUUUCGGUGCUGGAUUAUGACAACACCAAAGGCCUGAAUGUGAAACAUUACAAGAUCAGGAAGUUGGAUAGCGGCGGCUUCUACAUCACGUCCCGCACGCAGUUCACCAGCCUGCAGCAGCUAGUCUUCCAUUAUCGCAAGCACUCCGACGGGCUGUGCCAUGCCCUGACCGACGUGUGCCCCGUGGCCAAACCUCAGACCCAGGGACUGGCUCGAGAUGCCUGGGAAAUCGCUCGAGAGUCCCUCCGGCUUGACCUUAAACUCGGCCAAGGCUGCUUCGGAGAGGUCUGGAUGGGCACGUGGAACGGUACGACGCGGGUGGCCAUCAAGACCCUGAAGCCGGGCACCAUGUCACCAGAGGCCUUUCUGCAGGAAGCGCAGGUCAUGAAGAAGCUCAGGCACGAGAAGCUGGUCCAGCUCUACGCCGUGGUGUCCGAGGAACCCAUCUACAUCGUCACAGAGUACAUGAGUCAAGGCAGCUUACUGGACUUCCUUAAAGGAGAAGCAGGCAAAAUGCUUCGACUGCCACAGCUGGUGGACAUGGCCGCUCAGAUCGCAGCGGGGAUGGCGUACGUGGAGAGGAUGAAUUACGUGCACAGAGACCUGCGCGCCGCAAACAUCCUGGUGGGGGACAACCUGGUGUGCAAGGUGGCCGACUUUGGCCUGGCGAGACUCAUCGAAGACAACGAGUACACGGCCAGACAGGGGGCCAAGUUCCCCAUCAAGUGGACGGCGCCCGAGGCGGCGCUUUACGGGCGGUUCACCAUCAAGUCGGACGUGUGGUCAUUCGGGGUGCUGCUUACAGAGCUGGCCACUAAAGGCCGAGUCCCUUAUCCAGGCAUGGUGAACCGCGAGGUCCUGGACCAGGUAGAGCGCGGCUACCGGAUGCCGUGCCCGUCCGAGUGUCCCGGCUCCCUGCACGAGCUCAUGCUCUCCUGCUGGCGAAAGGACCCGGAGGAAAGGCCCACCUUUGAAUACCUGCAGGGCUUUCUGGAGGACUACUUCACCUCCACGGAACCCCAGUACCAGCCUGGGGAGAACCUAUAGAACCGCACACUCCCAUUUUCACACACACACACACACACACGUGGCCACACACGCAUACACUCAAAACCCAUCCAAUCUGCACUAAACCACGGGAUCCUGUGAGGAAACGUCUCUGCCAUCAUGGACCCGCAGAAGCUGCUUUCUGGACUUUCCAGAGACCUGCAGAAUCAAGCUUGUUCAGGACACGCUCAGCCUUUGAGGAGUGAGGGACGAGACCGACGUGAAAGGGUCUACACACUGCGUCAAAGGGGACAGAAGGUCGAAUGAAACCGUCCCAGUUUUACGGUACUUUUUUCCGCCCACAAAAGACACGGGUGCCAAAAGCCCCUUUUACACUCUGUAAAAGCAGGCAACUUUUCUCUGGAAUGAGGUGAGGGCGGAUCGGAGCAAUUUUUGAGUAUCAGAGCCGUAACUGGGGUCGCGUGCGUCUGGUAAAUUUAGGUGGGAAGUAAAGCGGGGAAAUUUUGGAAAUAUUCCAAAUUGGAACUUUUCCAUGUAAAUUAUGGGAAUUAACUGGGAAUCACAUUCAAGCAUUUUGUUUUGUCAUAAGCAGACAUCUAUGCAGCUAUCUAUCCAUAUAUUUAGUUAGCGGCAGCGUAUCUGAAGCUCGCUCACAAAACAAAGCAAAAAAAACAAUCGAUAAGUAGACCAACUGGCUCAUAACUGGAAAACCUUCAAAUCAAGGUACCACUGUACUUGCAUGAAGUCUUGAAACCCAAGUUCGGCAACCUUCCAUUUUGUAAAUUCCUGAUGUAUUUCCAUAAAUUCCCAACUUUGAAAAUGACCAGAAUUUUGCUAACCUGGCCGUAACAGAGAUGGGAUUAGUGUGAAAGGCAGGACAGAAGUGUCAGGUUGGACGCUCGCUUAUCCCGUCCUGUUGUUUCCAAAGCAAUCGCAGGCACCGAUAUCAUCUCUUGAUCUGACAGGAUUUUCUGGGCGGAUCUUCCGUUACGGCUGGGAUGCGGCCAUUUUAUGGGCCUUUCACAGGAUUUGAGCGAAAGUGAUCCUGCCCCCAUCUCCUCUUUCUGCCCUCCUAUCAGCGUCUCUGCAGUUUUUUAUUCAAAGUGCUGCUCCUGCUGCUGGUUCUUCAAACUUCUUCAUGUUUACGUGGAAAUGAUCUCCGUUUGUUUCCCAGUGGCAAUCAUGAGAAUCAGUAGGCAUGCUUAUUAGAACCAAGCUGACUCAGUCAGGUGUUGUUCAAAUCGGGUCAAAAUGAACCACAAAAGGAAGCGUUCGCCACCAACGCAACGCCGCACACAGAGAGAUGUUGCGGUCACAGUUUUAUCAGGAUCAGGUUCAACGACGGUGCGUUCGUAACAGUGCUUGAGAUCUUGACAUGGGCCGAAAAUGGUAUCGCUCUCGUCAAUUUUGAUGACAAUUUUUCUACCCAAGGGAAGCGGUUUCAUUUGAGUGGACCUUAUUGUUAAAUAGAUAUUUGAUUGUUUUGUAGAACCUCUCAAAUAUAAAACUAUCCUGACAUGCUGGUUUGAUUUCCAGGUUGUUCUAAUUGUUCAAAAAUCAUGAAUUGGUUCCGGAAUCAAACUGUUGCUGUCAUAAAACCUUUAUCAACUGUACAGGUGAUUUUCAAAAGUAUGAGCCAAAAUGGCUGGUUUGAACCAAAAUGGCCGAUUUCCUGUCCAAUUCCAGGCAUGGGUCCUUGACUUUUUUAUGCGUUCUGUGAUGCUGGACAUGUCCACCAAAGUUGGUGUCGAUUGAUAAAACUAAUGUCGGGGCCAAUUUAUUUAUUUAUUUAUUUUUUCCCCUUCUAACUUUCCAGGGGAAACUACUGAGUGAGUUUUGGGGGUUGUGUUUAGGAAUUCCACCGUCAAAAAUGAUCAUCACACUUUUUUUUAUUUUAAUUUGAAUUUUUUUCCCUCUUUCCUCUCAUUGACCACACUUUUUGGAGUUCACUUAGCUCAAGUCACACCAGAUUUAUCGACAUGUCAGGGGGAAAAAAAAAAAAAAAAAAAAAAUGUCCAAAACUUUUCAUUGAACCUGAGUGUCCCACUUUUGGGGGUGUUUGAAGUCGGAGGUUCCACUGUCUUGCAAACAACUGGAGGAUGGCCGGGGGCAUGAAAGCAUUUAUUCGAUAUCCUUGAUAUUCAUCUUAAGGUCCAUCCAUGUAAAAGUACACUAUUUAGGACAACUUUGGCAUACUAGUUAGAACAACUAAAGGUUAGCGAAGAGGGAAGACUGUGCACUAGUUGACAACUGCGUGAUACAAGUACUACUAGUGACAUCAAAUUAAACAAAACGACAUCUCUCCUUCAACUCGUCAAGUAUAUUGACUAAACGCUGGAACGGCUUUCCGUACAGCGGCGAUACGUCAUCUCCGACUAUGCAUUUCUAUUAGCAGUUUCCAGAAGUCACUAGUAUAGGGCACGUGAGAGCGGUCCAAGUUCAUCAAACAUUUCUACAGGCGGCGGACGGGAUCCCUGUCCGAUACACGGCCGAGCUCAGGACGGCGUCAAAAUGUUGACUGCAUCUGUGCCAAAACAACUUGACUGCUGUCCCUUUUACUAUGAAAGGGGACCCACGUGAGCUUUCAAAAAUAAUUUUGCAGGGGAAAUAUGCAAACACGAGGCCCCAGUGUGUAAACGGGAAAUCAGGUGGUCAUAAUAAAAAGUGUGCUCGUGUUGAUUUGGAAAGCAGUUGACAUGCUUUUUGUGCUUCGUUUGUAAUUAUGCUGUACAUCCACCAUGUCGUGUUUACUUGAAGUUACACGGCAUCGACCCUUUUCAACUUCUGGUUUUAUUUUGUAUAUCUCAUUGACUGUAGUCACACUGUACAUAGUGUAGCGCUCCAAGGGUUGCUUUUGUAUUAUAAUGGCAGAUAUGUAUUUAUGUUGGCUGUCACUCACUGCAUUUUGCAGUUUUUUUUUUUUUUUUAAAUCACUACAUAGUAUCAGUUUAGGUUGAUGCCAACCAAAAUGAAAAUGACAGAAGCAGCAAUAAUAGUCCAGAUACAAACGGGCCCAAACAGGAGGUUGUUAUACUGUGGCAAUAAAAAGUCUACACACCCCCGCGCAAAGUUUUUGUGAUGUUAAAAAAAAAAAGAGACCAAUAAAAAUAAUUUGAAAACUUUCAACUUUUAAUGUAACCUGUACAACUCAAUUGAAAAGAGGGGAAGUUAAAAAAAUUUUUUUUUUUUUAUUGCUAAUGUGUGCACAGCCCCUUAUAAAUGGGGUGUGGAUGUGUUUCGAAUUAACAGAUCACGUUCAAAAUCGUGAAAUGUAAGUCAGCCAUUUCAAGUGCCUCUGAUGAGCCCCAAAUAAAGAGGCAAAAGAAAUGUCAGGAAAAGCCUGCUAGAACACAUCCCACAUCCUCAGUUGUAAGAGGGUGUGCACACUAAUGCAACCACAUUACAAUAUUUUAUUUUUGCUUCCCUUUCAAAAACAUGAGGGGGGGAGGGAAAAAUCGGUCGGUGUACAGGUUAUAGGUCACAUUAAUGGUGGGAAAAUUUUUUAAAUUAUUUAACUUUUUUUUUUUUUUUUUUUUUUUUUAAAUAUCAUAAAAACCUGGCAUUUGAUUAGUGGUGUGUUGAUACUUUAUCUCCACUGUAUAUCAAGGGUGGGGAACUUUCUGCCCAAGGCACCAUUUGGAGCAUUUAGUUUAAAGAUUGAAUUAUUUAAAUAUUUUGUCUUAAUUACGUUUUGUAUUGGUUUCAUUUGAGAAAAAAAAAUAUUUUGUAAAAAAAUUUAAAUGGCCCAUUGACUAGAGUUACAAAAACGAAUCAAUUAAAAAUGUAAACUACUUUAAUUGAAAACCGAUUGAACGACAUUCAUUGCAAAUUUCUUUUUAUAAAAUGUAUAUUUUCUGAUGCAUUCACACAUUUUAGUAUUUUUUAAAAAUAUAAUUAGCCAAUAUAAAUGACCAAAAAAAAAAAAAAUCAAUUCUCAUCAAUGUAGGACCAUGUGAGGACUUCACAAAAUGACCCCGAUAGGAAAAAGGAUGCCCACCCCGAAUUGAAUUUGCUCUCAAAAAGGACUCCGCCACAAGUCUUUGGACAAUGACAGCAUUUUUAAAGAAUGACGUCAAAGAUGUAAAUAGUAUCGUCAAUGAUUGUGACUAUCAAAUAACUAUUCCUUUAUUUGACUGUUUUUUGUUUGGUUUGUUUCACAAAAUGUGAUCCCAAUAGGUUUUAAUGAGAUGCUACUGUAUUUGUUUUUUGACCCAUAUAAGCAACACAAAUUGGGCUUGACGUAUAUUUCUUUCCAAGAACAAGAAGUGUGUUCUUUUUUUUAAUGUUUUUUUGUUUUGUUUUGUUUGUGUUUGUUGUGACUCACUGGAGGGACAAAGAGGACGUGUGAAUAAAGCCAAGGUCUGAUUGGAAAACCUGUGCCAUGAUUUCAAACGUGUCUCGGUGUUGUUAUUAUUAAGACUAUCUUUUAUGUUUACAUCUUUAUUUUUUAUAAAUCUAUGCAGUUCAGGCAGACGUCCUGGCCGCCACAGGAAGGUGAGCGUUUCAUUUUGUUUGUAUUUUGAUUGAAAUGGAUAUUGUGCCACUCUGUUCUUUAAAUGUGCAAUAAAUUCUAUUUCAAGUGUG